CGCAGCGGUGUUAGCGGCUUGUUUUUUUUUAUUGUGGCUGUUAUGUACAGUUCAAAAAUAUGUCGAUAAACUAAAUGUACAUACGAUAGACAUUGUCAAACGCUUCGGUUGGAUGAAUUAAUUGAUGUAUUCAUUUUCCAUAGAGCAUUUGACACCUUUCUGCUCUGAGCUAACAAACUGCAGAGUUAAGCUAACAUUAGCCAAAGCUGUCAAGUAGCCGUUCUACACAGCUUUGCAACACUUUCUUGCUAGCUAACUAGCUAGAUUUUUUUUUAAACGAGGACAACAAAGAAAACGUCGCAAAUACUGUGCCGUUUGUGAAUAUACUUUGUCUUAAAGUCACAUUAUGAAGUGUAUAGCUCUAUUGUAAUAGUAAGUUACCGGUAGUUUGUCCGUUUUUAGAUUAUGUCAGUUAUAUUGAUUGUACUGUAACGUUAGCUAACUCACGUCCACUGACUCAAGCUAAGACAGGCAGGUGGCUAUUUAUCAAGAGGUAACACUGAGAAGCAGAGAUCGUGUUAUCUAAUCAAACAUGGAUAAGAAAUCAUUCGACAUCGUGUUAGACGAAAUCAGGAAGUGCGUGCUAACAGAUCAGCGGAUUAAGGCGAUAGAGCAGGUGCAUGGGUACUUCUCCAGCGAACAGGUAAUGGACAUGCUGAAGUACUUCUCCUGGGCAGAGCCUCAGAUCAAAGCUGUCAAAGCUCUUCAACAUAAAAUGGUUGCCAUCCCCACUACCAAAGUGGCCAACAUCCUCAACUGUUUCACCUUCUCUAAGGACCGACUGGUAGUUCUGGAGCUCAUAGCUCUGAACAUCUCUGAUGCCCAGAACUACCGUCCCGUAGAGGACCUGUUCCGUAUUCACCUGUCUGAGAAGAAACGGGCCCGCAGGAUCCUAGAGCAGGUGUGUAAGGUGGGCUGCAAGGCUCCAGUAGCCAUGAUCUCUUCAUGUGGGAUGAUCCCAGGGAACCCUUACCCUAAAGGCAAGCCCAGCCAGACCACUGGCACCUUCCCUGGAACUCCUGCGAAGAAGGAGGGAGACGAGACUCCUGCCAACACAGAGGGGAAAGGAAUCGCAGCCCGCAUCAUUGGACCAUUCAAACCAUCUCCGUCGUCCUACAACCCUCAGCGGCCGGUUCCUUACCCCAUUCCCCCCUGCAGACCUCACGCCACCAUCGCACCGAGUAGGUACAACAACGCAGGGCUGGUAUCAGUGGGCGGGGUCAUAACGGCCAGCGUUCUCCCCCCACCCUACAGCGCCAGCACCAAGCCCACAGGCUACGCCAGACCUGCCAAUCAACAACAGCACCCUGUCACAGGCGUCAACUCCACAGCCCUCCCAUCUCCCCUCGGCUCCCCCCAGUCCCUCCCGUGCCCUCCCCUUCUCACCCCACUCCCACCACCCCCAUCACCCCUGUGUUCCCUGGCAAGGUCCCCUCCCAGAAUCCUCUAGCCCCCUCCCUCCCCCGCCCCUUCUCCCUCCGUCAUCAAAGGGGGUUCCCCCCAUCUGCCCUCCACCACCCCCUCUGUCAUUAAGGCCCACACCCCCUCAGCUACCCCAUGUGGUACCCCCGGUCCCCACCACCCAGGGGCGUUCUCCCCCUCUCCCUUCCAUGCCGGUGCCUCUCGGUCAGACACCCCUACCCCAAGGACCCCUCUCCCUGACCCCCUCUCUCAGGGUACCUCCAUGGGCCUUCCUCAGUACAACACCCAGACAGGCCCUGCCUUCCCUGGCCUGCCCGCAUACCAGAGCACCCCGUCUGGAUCGGUGAUCCGCAGCUAUCCUCCUUCCUCCGCCUCGGCCCCCAGCCCCAAGCCCUGUCCGGCCCUGUCCGGCCAGGCCCAAGCAUCCUUCUACAGCGAGCAGCACCGCGGCCCGCUGGCUAGAACAGGAGGGGGGACAGGCAGUGGCAGUAACAGCCCAGUCCCCUCUGCGUUUAAAGGUCCUUCACGUGCUGGGACUCCCUCCCUCAGCUCUCUGGUGAUGCCUGGUGGAUCAGCGGCCUUAGCCCGUUCUCUGGGUCUGUCCCACCCUUCUGCUUCCCCUCAGGGCUCCCUACCCAGCCCUGCUGCUAUGGCCAGCCUCCAGGCCCUCUCCUCCAGCCCGGCUCCCCCUCACUACCCCGGCCUCUCCCCCUUUCCCUCCUCCCUGUCCUCCUCUUCACCCUUCCCUCCUUCUUCCUCCCUGUCCUCUAUGACCCCUACCUCACACCCCCAGACCUCCAUGGCCUACCCAGGUCUGGCUCACAGCGUAGGGAUGGGUCUGACUACUACCCCUUCCAUCUUCCCGGGGCUGGUUCCAGUGCCCAGUCCGGGAGGGUUCCCAGGAUUCGGAGGUUCAGGAGGAGCGGGUGCGGGGAGCCCCGUCCUGUCGUCCUUCAUGGGGGCCGGGGUGUCCGUAGCAACCGUAGCCCCUCUCCAUUCGGCGGCGGCCGUGGCGGCAGCAGCAGGAGGAGUUCCGUCCUCCUCUCCAGUUCUACCUGGCUUUGCCUCUGCCUUCAGCUCCAACUUCCAGCCUGGGCUGUCUAGUGGCCUCCAGCCUCCUGGUGGAGCUGCGUUUCCUGGACUGUUGUCUUUCCCUGGGAUGCCAGGCUUCUCCCCCUCCCCCAGCCAACUACACAACCCUGCCAUGCAGUCAGCCCUGCUACAGGCCCACUCUGCAUCUGUAUUGGAGGGUUAUACCACCUAUCCCCCUGGACCUGGCAACCCCUUCCAACCUGGCCUACACCCGUCCCAGCUGGGCUGGCAGUGACCAGAACACUCUCUCUCUCACACACACACACACACAUUACACACACACACACACAAGCAUGCAAAACACAUGCUUUCUCACGCUCUCCUACUCAGUCAGUGGACUUGGGGUUAACUUGUAUCCCUCUACUCACUACAACCUGCCAAGACUGUGAUAAAGAAAAGAGACUUUGCAUACUUCUUUUGCU